AUGUCAAAGAAGGGUGCCAGCUUUCGAGCUAAAGGAGAAAAACCGGACGCUUUAGCUGCCUUGCAAGCUGCUAAUGAAGAGCUCAGGGCAAAGCUCACAGAUAUUCAAAUCGAACUUCAGCAAGAAAAGAGUAAGGCCAGCAAAUUGGAGAGGGAGAAAAACCAAGAAGCUAGGCAGAUUAAGGAACAUGAACAGCAUAAAAACACAGUCAUUGUAACAGAACUCAAGGCUAAACUUCAUGAAGAAAAAAUGAAAGAGCUCCAGGGUGUUCGCGAAGGACUUUUGAGACAGCAUGAGGCUGAGCUUCUUAGAGUUAUCAAAAUUAAAGAUAAUGAAAUUCAAAGACUCCAAACCUUACUUAACGCUGUACGAGAUGGGACGCCUGACAAGGUUAAGACGGUGCUCUACUCUGAAGCAAAAGAAGAGGCCAAGAAAGGAUUUGAAGUGGAGAAAAUUAAAAUGCAACAAGAAAUUUUGGAACUGAAGGGGGCUAAGAAACAAGUGGAGGAAGCCUUAUCAGUAGUCAUUCAAGCUGACAAAAUAAAAGCAGCAGAGAUAAGGAGCGUUUAUCACCUACAUCAAGAAGAAAUCACCCGAAUAAAGAGAGACUGUGAUCGGGAAAUUCGCAGGCUGAUGGAGGAGAUCAAAUUUAAAGACAGAGCAGUCUACAUGCUGGAAAAAGAGUUAGGGAUUCAAACUGGGCAUACUCAGAGACUUCAACUCCAAAAGGAGGCUCUAGAUGAACAGCUGUCCCAGCUCAGAGAGGCUGACCGGCAUCUGAGUAGCCCCAAGCGGGAAGUUCCUCAUCCAAGUGGUGCAGGAGACACUUCAGAUCACUCAGGAAGUCCUGAACAGCAGUUGGACGAAAGGGAUGCUCGGCGUUUCCAACUUAAAAUAGCCGAAUUAAGUGCCAUCAUCAGGAAACUUGAAGAUCGGAAUGCAUUACUCUCAGAAGAACGAAAUGAACUUGUGAAACGUGUAAGAGAAGCUGAGAGCCAGUACAAACCACUGCUUGACAAAAAUAAACGUCUAAGUAGGAAAAAUGAGGACUUGUCCCACACCUUACGUCGUAUGGAAAACAAACUCAAAUUCGUAACACAAGAGAACUUAGAAAUGAGGCAAAGAGUGAGGACAAUAAGAAGACCAAGUUCUUUAAAUGAUCUCGAUCAAAAUCAAGAUGAAAGGGAAGUUGACUUUUUGCGGUUACAGAUCAUGGAACAGCAGAAUAUCAUAGAUGAGCUUUCAAAGACUCUAGAAACUGCCGGCUACGUGAAGAGUGUAAUGGAGCGUGACAAGCUUUUAAGAUACAAGAAACAAAGGAAGAAAUUUGCAAAAUUUCCCAAGAAGCCAGUGGUGGAAACAUUUUUUGGGUAUGAUGAAGAAGCAUCUCUUGAAUCUGAUGGCUCUUCAAUCUCAUAUCAAACGGAUCGAACAGAUCAAACUCCCUGCACGCCAGAUGAUGACCUGGAAGAGGGUAUGGCAAAAGAAGAAACGGAAUUAAGAUUCAGGCAACUGACAAUGGAAUAUCAAGCUUUACAGAGGGCAUAUGCACUGUUGCAAGAACAAGUUGGAGGAACGUUGGAUGCUGAGCGAGAAGUUAAGACUCGUGAGCAGCUUCAGGCAGAAAUCCAGAGGUCCCAAGCCCAAAUAGAGGAUCUAGAAAAAGCACUUGCUGAACAAGGACAGGAUAUGAAGUGGAUUGAAGAAAAGCAGGCUUUAUACAAAAGAAACCAAGAGCUUGUGGAAAAGAUAAAGCAAAUGGAAAUAGAAGAGGCUCGGCUUAAGCAUGAUGUUCAGGACGCUAAAGAUCAAAAUGAACUCUUGGAAUUUAGAAUAUUAGAACUUGAGGAGAGAGAAAGAAGAUCACCAGCAAUUAAUUUUCAUCACGUUCCUUUUACGGAAGGAAAAAGUCCCCUCCAAGUCUAUUGUGAGGCAGAAGGGGUAACAGAUAUACUAGUAGCAGAGUUGAUGAAAAAACUGGAUAUUUUAGGGGAUAACGCCAACUUAACGAACGAUGAGCAAGUUGUAGUCAUACAAGCAAGGACAGUUUUGACCCUGGCAGAAAAGUGGCUACAACAGAUAGAAGUUACAGAAUCAGCACUCCAACAAAAGAUGAUAGACUUAGAAAAUGAAAAGGACCUAUUUAGUAAACAAAAGGGGUAUCUGGAUGAUGAGUUGGAUUACAGGAAACAGUCUUUAGAUCAAGCACACAAGCACAUUUUGGAAUUGGAAGCCAUGCUCUAUGAUGCUCUACAGCAGGAAGCAGGAGCCAAAAUGUCAGAAAUACUGUCAGAAGAAGAGAGAGAUAAGUUGAAAAAUGCUGUGGAACAAUGGAAACGGCAGGUUAUGAGCGAACUCCGAGAAAGGGAUUCCCAGAUUCUCCGAGAAAGGAUGGAGCAUAUUCAACAUGCACAACAGAGAAUUAAGGAGCUAGAAGAAAGAAUUGAAGCUCAAAAAAGACAAAUAAAGGAAUUGGAAGAAAAGUUUUUAUUUUUGUUUUUAUUUUUUUCUCUAGCUUUCAUUCUUUGGUCAUAG